UCCGAAUCUUCUAAUCACACGAGUCGACCAUACACGCCAAAGUAGUCGCCAUGUCGGACGGAAAGGACAAGAGCGCGAACCCCAUGCGCGAGCUGCGCAUCCAGAAGCUCGUGCUUAACAUCAGUGUCGGAGAGUCUGGUGACAGACUUACCCGUGCUGCUAAGGUGCUCGAGCAGCUGAGCGGUCAGACUCCUGUCUAUAGCAAGGCCCGCUACACUGUCCGUACCUUCGGUAUCCGUCGUAACGAAAAGAUCGCCGUCCACGUCACCGUCCGUGGCCCCAAGGCCGAGGAGAUUCUUGAGCGUGGUCUUAAGGUCAAGGAGUACGAGCUCCGCAAGAGGAACUUCUCCGAGACCGGCAACUUCGGCUUCGGUAUCAACGAGCACAUCGAUCUUGGUAUCAAGUACGACCCUGGUAUUGGUAUCUACGGCAUGGACUUCUACUGCUGCAUGACCCGCCCUGGUGAGCGUGUCGCUAAGCGUCGCCGCUGCAAGGCCCGUGUCGGUGCUCCUCACCGCAUCAACCAGGCCGAGACCAUCAAGUGGUUCAAGAACCGCUUUGACGGAAUUGUCCGGUAAAUGUUUCAUUUCUGGUCUUUGGGGGAGCCAGGGGGUUGCGUUUAUGAUGAAUCAAUAAAAAAAGGCAGAAAAAAUGCCGUUCUGCUUUGAAAUACUUGUUUCUACCACGGCAUGAGGAUAGGCGUGUUAGGAAUCCAAAUUCUCAAGUUCAAAAAAAACGCAUCCACUUUUCACAAUGAAGGCUUCACGAAGGGUGAUGUAUCCGCAUAACCAUUGAUGAAAAGAUUUGCAUGAUGCUUGCCCCAUCACACUCAGUGUGAUAAUGGUGGCUAUUUGGCCGUUGGAUCUCUUUCAGAGUCCAAGAACAUGUCCUUCUACCUGUCCCCUGUGGCAGUGUGCUCCUCUGCUCUUAGGCCAACAUGGAUGGCACGGAGAUCAGCCCGGCUCCAUGCUCGCCUUGAGUAUGCCGUAAAUCAGCUCCUCAUUGUAGACUCGUCCUGUAGUCAAGAAAGAUAACAACUAUGUGGGUCAUGAUCAAGAGCAUAUCGUAGAUUGUGGGCCCAUAUCGAAGCGCCGUUAAUCAUAUGGGAUAACUAGUGUUUCUCUUGGGGUAGUCCCAUAUUAAAUUGCGAAGUCUGUAAGUAUAGCCCCGGGCUGCGUUUCAUGCUGGCUACUGGACCUGUGACAUGAAUCCAGUCCGACGCAGCUGUCUUGUAAUCAAACUAAGAUGUGGUAAUCAAACUUUACAAGACUAUGGAUUUUAUGGAGCAUCU